CGUCGCCAUGACAGUGCGCGGAAGGGGGUGAUGACGGGGUACCAACAACGCGGCCGCCACCGUCCGGUCCCUCCCAUCGCGAUCACCCAGCCCCGAACACCGAGAAGUCCGGCUCCUUCCCUUUCGUUCCGCCUGUUAGGUACAGCUAGAAGCUGAAGUAAAUAAUGCACCAAUGAUUGAGUAUUGCCAGGCUUUCUUAACUCAAUGACAUCUGUGCCAAUGAUACCAGACUCUUACAGCCAUGUAUUGGCAGAACUUGAGUGUUUGGAUCCAUUGCUUUCUGCACUCAGGUUGGAUUCUAGUCGUCUGAAGUGCACAUGUAUAGCUGUGUCUCGGAAAUGGCUGGCUCUGGGCAGUUCAGGAGGGGGAUUAAACCUGAUUCAAAAAGAAGGCUGGAAACAGAGGCUGUUCCUCACUCAUAAGGAAGGUGCCAUUUCCCGGGUCGCCUGUUGUUUACAUGAUGAAGAUCAUGUUGCUGUUGCCACCAGUCAAGGCCUUGUAGUGGUCUGGGAACUCAAUCAGGAGCGUCGUGGAAAGCCAGAGAGGAUUUAUGUUUCCACUGAGCACAAAGGCAAAAAAGUCACAUCUCUUUGUUGGGAUACAGCCGCACUUCGAGUUUUUGUAGGAGAUCAUGUGGGAAAAGUGUCUGCUAUCAAGAUUAAUACAUCCAAACAAGGGAAGGCAGCGGCUGCUUUUGUAAUGUUUCCAGUUCAGAUUAUAACCACUGUUGACUCCCGUGUAGUUCAACUUGAUUAUUUGGAUGGAAGACUGCUUAUUUCUUCACUUACUCGCUCCUACUUGUGUGAUACUGAGAGAGAGAAAUUCUGGAAAAUUGGUAACAAAGAAAGAGAUGGAGAAUAUGGUGCCUGUUUUUUCCCAUCUGGAAAGAGUUGUGGAAGCCAGCAGCCAUUAAUAUAUUGUGCACGUCCUGGGUCAAGGAUGUGGGAGGUGAACUUUGAAGGGGAGGUGCUAAGUACCCAUCAAUUCAAACAGCUGCUCUCGUCGCCUCCUCUCCCAGUUAUUACUCUAAGGUUGGAUCCUCAGUAUAAUACUUCUGCCUGCUCCCUCCAGUCUUUGUCUUUCCCAAAACUGUUAUAUUUGACCGAGCAUUGUGUUAUGACGUGGACAGAAAGGGGCAUUUAUGUCUUCAUUCCUCAGAAUGUUCAAGUUUUACUUUGGAGUGAAGUAAAAGAUAUCCAGGAUAUAGCAGUGUACAGAAAUGAGUUGUUCUGUCUGCAUACGAAUGGAAAAGUCUCGCACUUCUCUCUUCUGCUAGUGGAGCGUUGUGUAGAACGUCUGCUAAGAAGAGGUUUCUGGAGUCUUGCUGCCAGAGUCUGCUGUCUCUUCCAGAACUCUAUUAUUUCCUGCAGAGCAAGAAAAUUUUUGCCUCUAGACAAACUAGAGCAUUUAAAAUCGCAGCUGGACCUCUCAACCCAAAGUGAUGUCAUUAGCCAACUGGAAGAAUUGAUAUCAAAGCUGGAACCUUUAGAUUCUGCAUGCAGCAGCAGAAGGAGCAGUAUUUCAUCACAUGAAAGUUUCAGUGUCUUAGACUCUGGAAUUUAUCGUGUUAUUAGUCGAAGAGGCAGUCAGUCAGAUGAAGACUCUUGUUCCUUAAACAGCCAAACAUUGUCAGAAGAUGAGAGACUUAAAGAGUUUACUGCACACCAGGAAGAAGAGCAGGUGGAGCUUGACAACGCAUCUCAUGCUUCUAUGGUGGUUGAGACUGAUCGGAAUGAGACUUUUCUCCCAUUCAGUAUUCCAUUGUCAUUUCGUUCACCAUCUCCUCUGGUCUCCCUCCAAGCUGUCAAGGAAAGUGUUUCCAGCUUUGUACGCAAAACUACUGAAAAGAUUGGCACCCUUCAUAUGAGUCCUGAUGUCAGAGUGAGGCAGGAAAUGAAAGAUGAUGAUGAGUCUCAUGAAGUGACUGCUAGUAUAGCCGCAUACUCCCAGGAAGAAGAUGAAAACGAUUUGGAACUACAGAGCCAGCCUCAAGAAGAGGACCGGCUAAGAGAUCUCAAGAUAGCAACGACAGAAGCUAUAAACAAACUACAAGAUCCACUGGUUUUGUUAGAACCACAGUGCUUGAGAGGAGUUUUGCAGGAGUGGUUUUUGUAUCUGGAAGAAACAUUUGGUUUCAAAGAACCUUCCUUUUCAGAUGACUGCUUAUCCAUUAAGAAAGAUAAGAAUGUGCUUGCUGAAGAACAGAGUGAGGUUUUAGAAGAAAAUAUUGAACCAGAUCAACACAGUGAAGAUCAUGUAGGCAAAGGACAGACAGAUGCCUUGCAAGGAAAUACUGCACAGGAUCAAACUAGCGAAGCUCAUUUUGGCAGAGAAGUAUGUGAAAAUGAUGCCAAUUCAAAGGGAGCCUCAGACCAUGUUUUUCAAGUGUAUCCUCCAUGUCUCAUAGCACGCGAUAUUCAAAAGGACCUAGUAGAGUUGACAACAUUAUGUUUUGAAUUAAAUGUGUUUCCUUGCGAGAAUGGGAAUGCGAAAGAAAGUGCUGAACAGGAUUUACAGCUAACAGUGUCAUGGCUCUUGGCUUGUCGGUUCAUAAAGGACUAUUUCUUUCUCUUGGAUUUAAAAAGACUGAAGCGAUGUAUUACAAUCAAUUACACUAGCAGUCCCAGUGUUUGGGAAACUUACAUUGGAGGAUUGAAAGAACUGACUCACGCUAGUCCAGUGACUUUGGCAAUGGAAAAUGGAGAUAUGUUGAAAAUAUUAAAACUGUUAAAUGACUUGGGGCCCUGGGAUAGUCCUCUGUUAUUGGCACAUGCUCAAAGGCUCUAUGAAAAGUUUGGGGAAACAGCUGUAAGGCCCUUGAUCAAAUUCUACCCAUCAAUCUUGCCCUCUGACAUCAUGCAGCUUUGUAGACAUCACCCUGCCCACUUUUUAGCAUAUUUAGACAGCCUUGUUAAAUCAAAGCCAGAAGAUGAAAGGUCGUCCCUGCUUCAGUCUCUUCUUAAUCCUGAAGCAUUGCGACUGGAUUGGCUGUGUUUGGCAGUUUCCCAUGAUGCGCUACAAAGAACAAAUACGGUGGAUGCUGAAGGAAACCCUAGACCACAUUCACAUUUGUUUACCUGGGGCUAUAGCCAACUGAUUUUGCUUCUGAUUAAACUCCCAGCUGAUUUUGUAACAAAAGAGAAGAUGGCUGACAUCUGCAAGUCAUAUGGCUUCUGGCCUGGAUAUCUCUCUCUCUGCUUGGAACUGGAUAGAAGAAUAGAAGCCUUUACUAAUAUUGUUCAUUUGGAUGAUAUGAACCUAUUGGAUGGAGAACAUGGCUCAAUUCCAGAGACUGUGGAAGAAUGGAAGUUCCUUCUCCAUCUUGCACAAAGUCACAGCACUGAUUUCCACUGUCAUGGUACACAGAAUGGGAAUACUAUCGGCAAUGGUAGCACUAAUUGGUCAAACUGCAUUACUGUUGAAAAUGUAGCUCUUUUGUUGGCUAAGGUAAUUGGCCCAGAUCGUGCCUUGCCAAUACUGCAGGAAUGUGAUUUGACAGCAGAAUUGUCUGAGAGAUUUACCAGGAUCUGCGAAAUACUGAGAAUUGCUGAAAAAAGGCAAAGAGCCCUGAUACAGUCCAUGCUGGAAAGGUGUGACCGUUUUCUGUGGUCUCAGCAGGCAUAGCAAAUAUGCCAGGAAACACUGAAAUGAAGUUGUGUACUGUGCAUAUUCUGCAUUAAAUUGCCUCUUAAGUUUCAUCACCUCUAAGAAACAAACUCUUGUCCACACAAUAGUGUAUUCAGCCAGACUGCAUGAAAAUAGCACCUGAAUUGGGUUUUCUUCUCCAGCUCUUCCUAAAUAUUUUAAAACAUGCUUCUAAAACAGGAUUCAGAAAUUGUUAGAGUGAAAUACUCCAAUGUUUAUGUUGAAAUUAAGACCACAAGUGUCCUAACAGAUUUGUUUUUUUACAAUAGGAUUAAAAGUGAUGAAUGAAUUUGAUAAUAACUCUGAAUGAAUUAAAACAGUGGCUAAAAGUACAGUCCUUUGAACAUUAAAUUAGGUUUGAAAAAUA